CGCACAGAGUUGAAUUCCCAACUGAUGACGAAUUACAACCUAAAAAGUCCCGGUAAAUUUCAUAAAAAAUUACUUAUCUUAAAAGCUGUUAAGCGGCUGAUGCGCGAAGCCCAAGAGCUUUCUAAACCAACAGAGCUUUACUAUGCACAGCCACUUGAAGACAAUCUUUUCGAGUGGCAUUUUACUAUCCGCGGUCCAGAGGGGAGUGAAUUUGAAGGUGGAAUCUAUCAUGGGCAAAUUUCCCUGCCUACUGAAUAUCCUAUGAAACCACCGAAUAUUAUGUUGCUAACUCCAAAUGGUCGGUUCGAGCAAUAUCGCCAAAUCUGUCUGAGUAUUUCUGGAUAUCAUCCUGAAACAUGGUGUCCCUCCUGGUCUAUUCGGACGGCUCUUUUAGCGAUCAUUGGUUUUAUGCCGACAGAUGGUGCUGGCGCAAUCGGAUCAAUGAGUGUUCCCAUUGAGGAACGCAAGAAACUCGCUAUUAGUUCUAAAAACUAUGUAUGUAAUGUCUGUGGUCCAACUAAAGAUCUCCUUCUCCCUCUAACGAGUGCUUCCACUAUAACAGCAGAGGAGGCAAAAGCAGUUGCUUCACAGUUUGUACUUACUGAUCCCAAUGCUCCAAAGUCUGAAACUCUUUCACCGGAAGCCCGGAAUUCCGAGUCUACAGAAGGAACUAACGUAGAAAUUGGAGCUCCUCAAAUGAUGUCCCAACCAGGAGUUGUACCCACCAAUCUCCAACCUCCAAAUCCGUUGGUGAACGGAACUGCUAACCCGAAACCGAUUUAUUGGCUGUGCUAUCCAGUUUACUCAAUGACGGGAGUUACAAAUGGGAUUAGUAUCAGUGCUGCGCCUUCCUCAGGAGAUAAUUCAUCUUCUGCAACAAGUAAAAAGGACCCACCACUCAGCUUCGAAAAUUGGCUUAAGCAGAUCCAUCCGAGUUCAUCAGACGUCGCCGGAUCCUCUGUGUCUCCUCGUAAGUUUCGUCCUCCCCCUCUAAUUAAUUUUACCUCGUAUGAUCAGGUUAAGCUUGAUAACAGCAACAAAAGCAGUUUUGGUGGGCAGUGCAAAGAAAAUGCUGAAGUCUCAAAUAGGUGUCCACGACCUACACAAAAGUCAACUAAUUAUGAUUGCCAGAAUCGAUUGUCAAGUUCUUUAAGUCCCACUCGAAUGACAUUCACUCACAUUCACCACCGAAUUAGCUUUGAUCAAAUUAUUCAGGAUACUGAUAAAAAUAACACCCCUCCACUGUGUCUAGUUACUGAUGAUGUUACGGAAGAUUUUACUUUGAGUUCCAUGGAUGUAACAGAAAGAACUCGGCCAUCGGAUUUUCACCGAAUUUGUCCCCACAUUGAAGAUGCCUCAGUAACUGUGCCUAAUUACGAGUCUAAACCUAUUUCAGAGACUUCUGGGGUUAAAACUUCACAACAGGACUCAACCAAGGAUGUUUCAGAAGACGCAGGGAUGCUGGGAGAAGAAAUUCAAGAGAAAUGUGAGAAAAAAGUUGAAUCGACAACUGACAAAAAUAAAUUAGAAGCAAAUAAAGAGGUUUCUGCCGACGAGUCUAUAGUGACUACCCCAGAUCAGACUGCAGGUGGGGAGAAACCUUUGAUUUCUAAAGAAAGUGCUCCAAGUGAAGAAAAUGCAAUCGCCGACCAUGUAAAGGAACAUUCUGAAGUUCAGAAAAAGGCUGAUGACACUUCUGAAGCGCCUUCAAACUAUCAGCGUGACAGCUCCAGUACAAAAGCUACUAUUCCAGAGGAGACUGAACUUCAAGGCAACCCGCCUGCGGAACCUGAGGAAGCAAAGCCCACCACUUCUGAGACAGGAUCUUUCGAUGUUGCAGCUUCAAACGAAAUCGCCCGUCGAUUAUUCCGAGAGGCUGCCGAAAGGCAUCGACAGCGAGCACAGCGCAUUUUGUCACGAUAUGACGACACUGACGUCAACCCAAAUCGAUCAAUCAGGUCAGAAAGAGCCCUCAAAGGGAUCAUUUUUGCAGUUGCAAUGGCUCUAAUUGCACUGCUUAUUCGAAGGAUUAUGAUAAUGUCUACCACUGGACCCCAUUAG